UUUCAGACGUCACUUUGUGGACAACUUUCAUUCUAGUUUUAGAAGUGACAGUCCAAGUGUAACGCACCGCCUGAGAAGUUAUCUACUCGUAGCUGCCUUACGGUGAGAACACAAACACGCUGAUGAGGUCAGUUCUGAUGAGCCGGCAAUGCGGCCGAGCAAGUGCGUCGUUGCUGCUGCUGCUUAUGGUGGUCUUAUAUUUUCUGCUCACGCCGAACUUGCGGCUACCUUUUCUUGAGAACACUCUUGAACCACGCGGAGGACAGCAAAUUCAAGAGGAGAUCAAUAUAAUCCUGGUUAUUUGCCGCAGCAACUCAAAGAAUCUGUUGAAUUCCAUUGAUAGACAAUUACUGCAAGCAAGCGUGGCCAUCAAAGCAGCCGCGUAUCUCUCCCUUCAACGCAUCAGAUUCUUAAUCGUGAGCGACUCCCAGGACGUCUUCAACGAACUGGUAGCUCUGACUCAAGCCUGGCCAACGGCCUACAAAGAAAGAAUCUCUUUUAAGUUCGUGGCCUCGUGGUACCCGCCGGAGCACGAGGACAUGAGAGGCCUCUUCCGCCCCUGCGCGUCUCAGCGACUCUUCCUGCUGCGCCUGCUGCCGGAGGAGUCCGCCGUCCUCUACAUGGACAGCGAUGUCAUCUUCCUGCGCCCGCCUGAAGAACUCUGGAAAAUUUUCAAUGAGUUCAAUGAGGAACAAUUUGCUGCAGCUGCAGCUAUCAAUGGACCUUACAAUCACAUUCCAAAGGAAGUGCGUUACAGCGAUGUGGGGUUCAACGCGGGUUUGAUGUUGUAUAACCUCACCCGCAUGAGGCAGUUCCCGGCAGGCUGGGAGGACCAAGUGCUCAACAUCACGGCCGAGUACCGCAGUAUAUUUCUGUACGGCGAUCAAGAUAUACUCAACAUCUUUUUCGGAAAGUUCAGGUCUCACUUUCAUGCUCUAGGAUGUGAGUGGAACUUACGACCUGCGUACUGUCAACUGCACUUCAUACACACCUGCCCUACACUGAUGAGGGCUGGUGGCAAGAUAGUGCAUGGUGUUUCUGGGUCUUUCUAUACCCCCGGCAAAUUCAUGGCUUUCUUCAAAUCAUGGGAGGCCCUGAACAUGACGCAGCCCCUCGCUGGGUUCCAGGCAGAAUUGCGGAAAAAUUUGGCCGCUGCAACACAAAAAGAUGUCCGCAAGUGUCGGGAGCGGGAGUACGUCGACCGAAUUCUCUCGCAGCAACUAAUUUCCGGGAAUAAUAAUUAG